AUGAGAGCCGUCGUCUGUCCCCGCGCACCCAUCGCGCCGUCCGAGCUCGUCUACACAACCAACCACCCGACGCCAUCGCCCAAGGCCGGCCAUGUCCUCAUCCGCGUCAAGGCCUACGGACUGAACCGCUCGGAGCUCUUCACGCGCCAGGGCCACUCGCCCGGCAUCCAGUUUCCACGCGUGCUGGGCAUCGAGUGCGUGGGGACAGUCAAGGAUGCCGGAGGCGGCUCGCUGUGGAAGGCGGGCGACGUCGUCGCAGCAUGCAUGGGCGGAAUGGGCCGUCAGUUCGAUGGUGGGUAUGCGGAGUAUGCGCUCGUCCCCCAUUCGUCGGUGUCGACUCCUAUCAAGCUGCCAGAGAAGAUGUCGUGGGCCGAGUUCGCAGCGAUCCCGGAGACGUUCCUCACAGCUUGGGGCACGCUAGCAGAGUCGCUCAAGCUGCAGCCGACGGACACACUCCUCAUCCGCGGCGGCACAACCUCCGUGGGGCUCGCAUGCGCCGCACUUGCCAAGUCCACGCUCUUCGCGCCGGACGUCAAGCCGACCGUCAUCUCCACGACGCGCAGCGAGGCGAAGUCGCGGGCAAUCAAGGCUGCGGGCGCGGACGUCGUGCUGCUAGACAAGGACAACGCGGUGAGCGAGCAGGUUAAGAAGGCGACGGAGGGCCGGGGCGCGACGAAGUGCGUCGAGCUUGUGGGGGGCACGACGGUGGCGGACUCGUUCCAGAGCAUGUCAGACGACGGCAUUGUGUCGAUGAUCGGAUGCGUGUCGGGAGAGUGGACGCUCAAGGAAUUCAAUCCGAUGUCGUCACUAUCGCCGUGGAAGCAUUUUACAAUCUACUCGUCGCACUAUCUCGAUAUCUCGAAGGCCCCACUGCAGUGGAUAGUCGAUGCAGUCGCAUUCGGCGAACUCAGUGCAAGCCUGGACAAGGUGUUCAAGAUGGAGGAGACGGGCGCUGCGCACGCCUACAUGGAGGCCAACUCUGCCGCGGGCAAGGUCGUCUGCCUUGUUGACCCAGAGUAG